AUCAUCGAUCACCAACUCCCACCUCUCAAAAUCACAGCCCUUAAAUCAAACUACUGCGUGUUUUUGCAGAAACAGAUCGGACGUUAGAGUUAUGGAUCAUACGGCGGAGCAAGAUCAAGAGCAAGAGCACGAAGUUUACGGCGGAGAUAUACCGGAUGAAGGAGAAAUGGAUGCCGAUGUUGAGAUGUCCAGGAACGAAACGGAAGGCGAUGAUAACAAUAACUCCAAGGAUUUAGAGGAUAUGAAGAAGAGACUGAAGGAGAUUGAAGAAGAAGCAGGGGCGCUACGUGAAAUGCAGGCAAAAGUUGAGAAGGAGAUGGGCUCGGUUCAAGAUGAUUCUUCCGGUGCUUCUGCAACUCAGGCUGAAAAAGAGGAGGCGGAUGCCCGUUCGAUAUAUGUUGGUAAUGUAGACUAUGCAUGUACGCCUGAGGAGGUUCAGCAGCAUUUUCAAUCAUGUGGGACUGUAAACAGGGUAACAAUAUUAACAGACAAAUUUGGUCAACCGAAAGGUUUUGCAUAUGUGGAAUUUGUAGAACUAGAAGCUGUUCAGAAUGCUCUCCUUUUGAAUGAAUCAGAGUUGCAUGGUCGUCAACUUAAGGUUGCUGCUAAGCGAACCAAUGUUCCUGGGAUGAAACAAUUUAGAGGGAGGCGUCCCAACCCAUAUCUUGGAUUUCAUUCACGAAGGCCUUUCAUGCCUGGCCCACCAAUGUACCCUCCAUAUGGCUAUGGAAGGAUUCCAAGAGCGAGGAGACCAAUGCGGUACCGACCAUAUUGAUCGAAGGUUGUGAGUGUUUUUCUAGUGGGCGAAAGAGGCAAUGCUGAUACCAUCACUAAUAGACAAUGUCUUGUUAUAGUCUUAGAAUAUGUAUCAAUAUGUACCAUUGCUUUGCAUUGCCAAACAUUUUUCUUAAGCAUUCUGUUGUAUGCAGCACUCUUAACAUGGUUUUAAACUUAUAGUCCUCCCCAUCCCCCAAUAGUCCAAAAAACCAAACACUUUGGUCUAAUUUAUAGUUAAUAGUCUCCCAUUCCAUGAAUUUUAGUAUCAUCUUUGAAGUAUGUACAAUUAGUCGCUUUUAUUUGUAGUCAUUUAAUUUGCUCUUCGUCUCAUGUAAUCUCCGUCCGUGAAUGAAUAGAAAAAGGAACUUGCAUUUUCUUG